UUUCUUUGUUUUUCUUUCUUUUCUUUUCUUUUUUAUAUAUAUUUGUUAUGGCAGCUGAUGAAAAUACCUCUGGUAAACUAGUGAUCUUUGGAACUGUAGCUUGGGAUCAUAUUAACAGAAAAGGAAAACCUGGAAAAAAAGAAGAAGAUACACUUCUUGGUCCUCACUUGGUACGCGAAUUGGUAGAUGUCAGAGUCAAGAGAGUAGCCACUGGACCAAAUUCUUGUCAUUCUUUUGUCAUCACUGAAGAUAAUCAAGUUUGGGGUUUUGGACGAAACGAACGUGGACAGUUAGGUUUAGGACAUAAAGAUAUUGUUGAACUUCCAGUAAACCUUAGUGAACAAGUGGAUGUAUUGAAAAAUAAGAAAAUUGUGAGAAUAGCUACUGGUCGGAAUCAUUCUCUUCUAGUCACUGAUAUUGGCGAAGUAUAUGCUGCAGGUGACAACAAGUUGGGUCAACUAGGUAUUUCUACUCUCAAUGAUCAAACCAAUUUUGCAAAGGUCACAAGUUUGGCAAAUCAUAAAAUCAUUGAUGUUGCUUGUGGUGCUGAAUUCUCUCUAGUUCUCACUGAUAAACAUCAAGUUUAUGCUUUUGGUUCUCAAGAAUAUGGUCAAUUAGGUAAUGGAGAAACUGGACAGUAUAUCAAGUCUGCUGGUCAAAUGAAUACACAACCUCAAUCCAUUCCACUUUUGGUAAAAGCAUUAUCGGAACGCAAGAUUAUUUCUAUUGCAUGUGGUACAAGUCAUUCUCUUGCUAUGGAUGAUGAUGGUUAUGUAUAUUCUUGGGGUUUUGGUGGAUACGGUAGACUUGGACAUGGUGAACAAAAAGACUUAUUGGUACCCAAAGUCAUACCCAAUCUUUCAAAGUCACAUCGUGAAUCACGCGCAACCCAAAUUGCUUGUGGUUCUACUUGUUCUCUUGCAUUAGAUGGAAAUACACAAAUGCUUUUAUGGGGAAAAUGGAAAACCACUGGUGAUGGCAGUUCUGGACAACCAUGGAUGAAUCCACGUUACCUAUAUGAUCUCAAUGGAUGGAAUUUACGCUGUAUUGCUGCUGGUGAUCGUAGUCUCUUUGCUUUGGCGGAAGAUGAAAAGUCAACUAUCGCAUGGGGUCAAGUCCUCAAUGGAGAACUAGGUUUUGGUGAAGAUUCUCCCAAUAAAAGUGCCACUACCCCACAAAAGGUUGAACCAUUAGAAGGUAUCAAAUCACUACAAGUAUCUUGUGGAUUAGGUCAUACUUUACUUAUCGUACAACCUGAUAGUGAACUUGUUCCAGAAUUACCCAAAUGGCCCAUUUUACCGGAGACUGACGACUGGUGCGUGAAAUGUCACAAGGAAGACAACGAAGAACAACUUUUAUUAUGUGAUAAAUGUGAUAAACCAAUGCAUUCUUAUUGCGCUAAUCCUCCUCUGAAAGAAAUCCCUGAUGGCGAAUGGUAUUGUGAUACUUGUCAUCCUCCUCUCAGUGAAUCAAAAAGUAGGAAACGAACUGCUAGUCAGGAAACAACGACUGGAAAGAAAAAGUCAAAAACAACUUGAUAGAAAGAAACUGUGUUUUUUUUUUUUUUUGACUCCUAAUCAGGCUUUUCUCCCCACCCCUUUAUUAUUAUUUUUUUCUUUUAUUUUUUAUUCAUUGACCUAUCACCAAAUAAAUAAAAAAAAAGAAUGCUUUUUUUUUUUCUGUCUUUUUU